AUGAAAAACAGAAUGUGUAAACUAUUUUCGGCUCUGAUAGCAGUUGAUCGGUUUUUGGCUUUAAGUUCUCCUUUUCUUUACUCUGAGAAGAUCUCACCCACUGUUAUCUGCAUAGCAACUUUAUUUAACUGGUUGUUUUCACUCUUUUAUAACUUUACUCUUCUUUUUGUUAAUGGAAACUUUGCUGAUGUCACGUGUCCAGGAAUAUGUAUUGCUGUUAUAGAUGGGGUUUCAUCCCUCAUUGAUCUCCUGUUUGUGUUUCUUAUGCCUUGUACACUUAUUAUAAUAUUAUACACUCAUGUUUUUGUCAUUGCUAAGAAACAUGCGACUGCUAUAAGAGCCCUUCAGGUUCACAACAGAACACAAUCCUCCAAAAACAGAGUCAGUGACAAAUCAGAGCGAAAAGCUGCCAUACUGCUGGGAAUUCUGGUCAUUGUGUUUCUCCUGUGUUUACUGCCAUAUUAUAUUUGUACUUUAGUGAGUUCAUAUGACAAUGCUGACAGGUUUUAUGUCAGAAAUGUUGCUGUAAUAUUUUUCUUCUUGAACUCCACCAUUAAUCCCAUCAUUUAUGCUUUAUUCUAUCCCUGGUUUCAGAAAAGUUUAAAGUUAAUUUUCACAUUUAAAGUGUUGAAUAAAGACUCAUCCCUGAUGAAUUUGCUCUAA